CAGAACUCUGGGAAAUGUAGUCGUGCCCUCUGUGACGUCACAAGCAGCCGCUCUGCGAACCGCACUUCCGCAUCCCGUCUGCAGACGUUUGUCUUCCCCUAAGUUAGCGGUGCUGUGUCCUGCUCCUCGCUCUCGAUCGGAUCUCUGACAUGGAGGAAAUGCUGUCAUUCAGGGAUGUGGCCAUUGAUUUCUCUGCAGAGGAGUGGGAAUGCCUGGAGCCUGCUCAGUGGAAUCUGUACAGGGACGUGAUGCUGGAGAAUUACAGCCACCUUGUGUUCCUGGGUCUUGCAUCCUGUAAGCCAUACCUGGUCACAUUUCUGGAGCAAAGACAAGAGCCUUCAGUUGUGAAGAGACCAGCAGCUGCCACCGUGCACCCAGGGGGGAAGCCCUAUAAAUGUCAAGAAUUUGACAAGACCUUUGAUUGGAACUCACUCCUUCUUCAGCGCCAGAGAGUUCAUCCUGUGGAGAAGCCCUACAAAUGUGAAGAAUGUGGGAAGGUCUUUAGUGCUCACUCGGCACUUUCUAUUCACCAGCGAAUCCACACCGGAGAGAAACCCUACAAGUGUGAAGAGUGUGGCAAGGCCUUCAGUACUCGCUCAGCACUUUAUAUACACAAGAAAAUCCACUCUGGAGACAAACCCUACAAGUGUGAGGAGUGUGCCAAAGCCUUUUAUUUCCCUUCAUUGCUUAAGCAACAUCAACGAACUCAUUCUGCAGAGAAUCUCUGCAAGUGUGAGGAGUGUGGCAAAGCCUUUUAUUUACCUUCAUUCCUUAAGCAACAUCAAAGAAUUCAUUCUGCAGAGAAUCCUUACAGGUGUGAAGAAUGUGGGAAAGCCUUUUCCUAUCCCUCAACCCUAAAGCAGCAUCAAAGAAUUCAUUCUGGAGAGAAACCAUACCGUUGUGAAGAAUGUGGCAAAGCCUUCCGUAGGUCAACAUACUUUCACCAACACCAAAGAAUUCAUACUGGAGAGAAACCCUACCAGUGUGAAGAGUGUGGGAAAACAUUCUACUAUCGUUCAAACCUGAAGGGACAUCAGAUUAUUCAUUCUGGAGUGAAACCCUACAAGUGUGAAGUAUGUGGGAGCAUGUUUAGAACUAGCUCAGACCUUUCUAAGCACCAGAGGAUCCAUGCGGAAGUGAAGCUGUACAGUUGUGAGGAGUGCGGGAAAGCCUUUUCUACUCAUUCGUACCUCAUUCGGCACAAAUUGGGCCACUCUAGAGAGAAACCAUACAAAUGCGAAGAGUGUGGCAAAACAUUUUGUUAUCCUUCAAUCCUUAAGGAACAUCAACGAAUUCAUUCUGGAGUGAAACCUUACAAUUGUGAAAUAUGUGGCAGCAUGUUUAGAACUCGCUCCGAACUUUCUAAGCACCAGAGAAUCCAUGCUGAAGUGAAGCUCUACAACUGUGAGGAGUGCGGGAAAGCCUUUUCUACUCACUCCUACCUUAUGAGGCAUAGACUUGGUCACUCUGGAGAGAAGCCCUACAAAUGUGAAGAGUGUGGGAAAUCCUAUAGCUACCCUUCACUCCUUAAGGAACAUCAAAGAAUUCAUUCUCAGAAUCCCUAUAAGUGUGACGUGUGUGGGAAGGUUUUUUGUACUCGCUCAGGACGUUCUAAACACCAGAGAAUUCACACCGGAGAGAAACCUUACAAGUGUGAAGACUGUGGGAAGGGAUUCUCGACUCACUCAUACCUUACUCUGCACAAAUUACUUCAUACCGGAGAGAAACCUUUCAAAUGGGAAGAAUGUGGUGAGGUUUUCUAUACCUGCUGAAGACUUACUAAACAUCAGGAAAUUCACAUUGGCGAAAACCCUACAAAGGUAAAGAAUGUGUCAAAACUCUUUACUGUACUUCAGACUUUAAAUAAUACCAUAAAAACUCAUACUGAAGAGAAACCAUACUUUAAUUAGGGCUUCGUUAGAUACAAGGUACGUCCUACUGUAGAGAAACUUUACAGAUGUGGAGAAUGUGGACAAAUAUUUUACCGUACUUCACAACUUUAACAGCCAGCAAAAGGGCUCAUUCUCAGAAGAAUCCCUUCAAGUGUGAAGUAUGGGACAAGGUAUUAUGUGCUACCUUGAGCUUUCUGUCUACCAGAACAUGUAUCCUGGAGAGAAACUCUGCAAGUGUGAAAAAUUUGGAAAGUUUUUUAACUCAUUCCUCCCUGAUUCUGAUCAGACUUGGCAAAGUUUGGGGCGGGCGUUGUGUUUUUGUUUUAGGAUAAUUGUGCUCAGGCCUGUUGAUUGUGGGAGGAACCAACCCAUCUCUGUUGAGCAAGGAUCCUGGAUUGUAUAAAAGGAGAAAGGGAACUGAGAAGAAGCGCUCCUCUCUCUUCCUCUGCCCUCUGACUGUCGAGGCAAUAGGAACUUCUCUUUCAGCUCCCGCUGCCCUAAAAUGUCUCACGACGUUCACAGGGUCGUGAUUCGAAUGAGAAAUGUUAACCCUGUAGUCUUAAGCAUUUGAACAUUUGUGCCCCGAGUUGUUGGCUCUAUUUGGAGAGAUUUAGAAGUAGGUCACUAGAGGUGAACUUUGUGAAUAAAGAGCUCCCUCUACAUCCAGUUCUCUCACUCUGCUUCCUGAGUACCAUUGAGGAUGUGAACUCUCAGCUUCCGGCUUCGGCCACCAUGCAGCUUAUUCCCAUGCCCACCCUCUGUCGUGAACUUCGAUCCCUUCUGUACCGCAAACUGAAGUAAAGUCAUUCCUCCAUAAA